ACUUGAUGGUGCCCCAGAGCAUCAGAUGUGCAAAGUUCAGGCUGUGGAGCAUAAAUAAGGUUCCCCUCCUGGCCUCUGGAGAUCCUGCUGCGCCCACUGCCAGCCACCAUGGAGCCUCUGGGGACGGUCACCCUUUUCCUGGGAGUUUGUCUCUCUUGCCUUCUCCUCUUGGCCGUCAUGAGGAGCAGGACGCAGGGCAAGGGAAGGCUGCCGCCGGGCCCAACGCCUUUGCCCCUUGUGGGGAACAUCUUGCAGCUGAAGACCAACUUCCUCAGUAAGACUCUCCAACAGCUCAGUGAGAAGUACGGCCCCGUAUUCACCGUGCAUUUCGGACGGUCACCUGUCGUGGUUCUCCAUGGUUAUGAUGUCAUUAAAGAAGCUCUGAUUGACCACGGAGAUGAAUUUGCAUUCAGGGGACGCCUACCAUUUUUUGACAAAAUCAGCAAAGGGGAAGGGAUUGUUGCCAGCGAUGGGGAAAGAUGGAAGGUGCUCCGGCGCUUUGCCCUCACUACCCUGCGCAACUUUGGGAUGGGAAAGAAGAGCAUCGAGGAGAGGAUCCAGGAGGAAGCCCAGUAUCUGCUGGAAAAGCUCCAGGACACAAAAGGGAAGCCGUUUGACCCCACCUUCCUGCUCAGCUGUGCUACUUCCAACGUCAUCUGCUCCAUUGUCUUUGGCGCCCACUUUGAUUACCACGAUGAGAGGUUUCUAGCACUCCUAGACAUAUUCAAUGACAACUUCAAGAUUGCAAGCUCUCCUUGGGCACAGAUGAACAAUAUCCUCCCGUCUUUCAUGGACCUCAUUCCUGGGCCUCACCAGAGAAUAACCAAAAACGUUGAAAGAUUAAAAGAGUUUGUUUCCAAAGUGGUGAAACAGCAUAAGGAGACUCUGGAUCCGAGUGCCACCCGGGAUUUUAUCGACUGCUUCCUUAUUAGAAUGGAGCAGGAAAAAAAGAACGGCGCAUCAGAGUUCACCCCUGAAAACCUGGUGGCUUCCGUACUUAAUUUGUUUGCAGCUGGAACAGAAACAACCAGCACGACCCUCAGAUACGGGUUCUUGAUUCUCCAGAAAUACCCGGAGGUAGAAGAGAAAGUGCAUGAAGAGAUUGACCGCGUGGUCGGCCGAGCCAGGGCGCCGUGCAUAGCUGACCGCGGGCAGAUGCCUUACACGGAUGCCGUCAUCCACGAAAUCCAGAGGUUCAUCUCUCUCGUCCCACUGAGUCUCCCCCACUCAGUGGCCAAAGACACCCCUUUCCGACAAUACGUCAUCCCAAAGGGCACAGUCAUCUUCCCUGUCCUGACCUCUGUGCUGUACGACAGCAAAGAGUUUCCAAACCCGACAGAAUUUGACCCACAGCAUUUCUUGAACAAAGACGGGACCUUUCGGAAGAGUGACUACUUCGUGCCCUUCUCGGCAGGUAAAAGGAUCUGCGCAGGGGAGGGCCUUGCCCGCAUGGAGCUGUUCCUCUUCUUGACCACCAUCCUGCAGCACUUCAGACUGAAGCCCCUCCAGGAUCCCAAGGACAUCAACCUCUCUCCUCUCAUGAGCAGUUCUGGCAACUUCCCUCGGCCUUAUCAACUCUGCGUUCUCCCUCGCUGAGGAGAAGGAGGCCUCUGGCCCAGCAGAAACCAUCUGGCAGUGGGUGUUUUCUUUCAGCCUGCCAACAUUUUCUAGCCAGACAGCAAAACUGUACAUUUAUGAACAUCAGAGAGCCCUUUACUGAGACAAAGAUAAUCUGUUUUCACAGAGCAUGCGCUUGACUUCAAAACAUGCAGCAAUUGUUUUCCACAAAACACAUUUUGAUUCCCCCCCCCUCUUUCUUGCUUAACACAAACUUCAUUCCCCCUUAAGAAGUUUCAAAACCGCUCCUUCCCAAAGCAGCAGGACAUUUGGGGGGGGGGGGACUGUAUUGCAUAACUGGGAGCCUGAAAAUAAAAUGAACCCAUGAAAAAGGGGGUAGCUGGAAUCUGUUUGGAGAGCAGGCCACGAUUUUAACUGAAAUCUGAAAAAGUGGCAACUAAAGCUUACAUACCUAUUAACUACAAACAUAAAUUACAGUGGUGCCUCG